AACUUCCGGCUUCGUCCUUAUUUCCUUCUCUGCCCCUGUCUGUCUGUCUGUCUGUUGUUGUGUUGUGCACACCUUGACAAUUGUGGGAUAAUCUCUAGACUCUCCGUCCAAAUUCGUUGUGGAUAUAUCUAUCUAUCAUGUCUCUCCAUCGAUCAUGGAUCAUAUCGCACACAUUGUGAAGCGCCAGGGUGCGUGCCCAGGUUUUGCUCUCCGGCUUCGCCCGCUGUGCGGUGCUGUGUACUAUUGAGUGUCCGCCGGGAUACAUUGGAGAGUUUUACACAUUUGUCCGACAGCGGCGGGAUUGGACUGCUCCCAACCCAAAUGUAGGACAAAGAGAUGAGGGGGUGAAAUUUGGACAAGCCGAAUCGUAAAAGAUGGAAGGAACAAAAAUGGAUAACGUUUUCCUCACGUUCGCCUUUGGGAUUUUCAUACUCGGCUCCUGCUCAGCCCGAGUGGUGACAGUGUCUCCUGGUCCACUAAUCCGGGUGGAAGACCAGCCAGUCUCCAUCAGAUGUGAAGUCAACGAGUAUUCAGGACCACGUGAGCAGGACUUUGAGUGGAUGAUGACCAGGGACUCCAGUGGGGUGCGGAUCAAGAUCAUAUCCACCUUUGAUACCAGCUACUCCCAUCCGUCACUUAGCAAGCGUGUUGCAUCUGGCGACAUCUCAGUGGUGAGGCUUGAAGACAAUGAAGUUGAGCUGAAGAUUGGAGAGGUGAAGUCACAGGACGCUGGGCUGUACUGGUGUCAAACGCCCAGUACUGACUCUGUCAUCAGUGGCAACUACGAGGCUCAGGUCCAGCUCAUCGUCAUUCCCAACACGCUCAGUGUAUCGCCAAAGAUCUUGCCCCAAGAGGUACCAGAAGGAAGUGACAUCACACUUUCCUGCAAUGUGACUCGAGUGCUGACCCACCCCACCUACCUAUCUGUUACCUGGGCUUUUAAGAGUGGCACAACAUCGGAGGAAGUGUUGACUUUUGGUCCUCAGGGUGAUGUCAGGACAGGGGCAAAAUAUGCAUCACGCUACUCUGAGGGCGGCAUCCGAUUAGUUCCUGGGAGGAAUGGACUUUUUACGUUGGUGAUUUCCAGGGUGACAACAUCUGACAGUGGGACAUAUGAGUGCAUCGGAAAAGAAUGGACACAUGAAAACAAAGGGACAUGGAUAAAGAUUGUGGAAAAUAAAAAAGAAAUGGGGGCUGUCACAGUUAUUCCUACAGUUGAUUCGCUUACAGUGAAGGCUACAUCUUCCCUGUCUUCAUCAUCGAAAGCUCUCCUCUCCCCUGGGGACACCCUGGCCCUACUUUGCUCUGUCACUGCAAACAAUCUUCAGACCCUAGCCCUGGAAGUGACCUGGCUUGCCAAUGAUCGUAACAUCAUUACAAUAGACCAGAGUGGGGUAGUAAAUUCAAACUUUUCCUCAAGCAGUGAAGUAGUAGAACAAGGUAAGGUCAGCCUGGAGAAAACCGGCGCUGGUGACUUCAGGCUGUCAGUGAGAGAUGUAGGCGAUGGGAAUGGAGGGGAAUACAGCUGCCAUGUUCGGGCCUUCAUUGACACAAGAGGAAAGAGCGCCGGAGGAAGUGACAGUUUGAAUAUGGUGGCCCAAAAGAAAUCCAGCCCGGUGGUGGUUCAGGUGUCUCGGAUCAUGCCAAACUAUACACUGACCCUUGAACCCACCCUAAUCCCAAAGACGACAGCUGAACCCACAGAAUUGGCUUGCCGUGUCAAAAACAUCACCCAUCUACCCCCAGGGGACCGGCUGGGGGUUAUGUGGGAGCGCACCGCUAUUCAAGGCAGUGAUCCAAAGACUUUACAACACAUUGGCUCUCUGGAUGGAAAUGGCAACCUGCAGCCAGGGUUGAUGUACUCUGAACUGCUAAAGAGUGGCAUGUUGUCUCUGACAAGAAUCCAACCGGACACUUUCAUGCUCCGGAUCCUCCAAACACAGGAGGUUGACAUGGGCCAUUAUUCUUGUACUGUCUCUGUUUGGAGCUUUGGCAGCCAGGAGGACAUGCUUAAGACGACUGAACAGAAGAGCUCACCAGUGCUUGUACGGUGGGAUAUAAAACGAUCAUCUCUCAAUGUCAUUGCCAAGCGUGUCCGCGAAGCAUCAGUAGGUGGCGCCACCUUUGAGAUGACCUGCUCGGUGACCACAGAGAACCUGGGGGAAGCAGGCUAUUCAGUGUUAAUUCAAACCCAGGAGAGCUUGGAAAGCAGCGUAAAAACCAUCAUGACUCUGAGUCCAGACAACGUUGUGCAGCAUGGAGGAGCCACAAGCCCAAACAGGAGAGAUAGUUUGGUUCUGACAAAGUCCAGCCCAUCAGAAUUCCGAUUUCGCCUUGAGGGCGUCCAGUUGUCCGAUAGAGGUUUCUACUGGUGUGAUAUUACAGCAUGGACGAAACAGCAGCAGGGGCAAGCCUGGACCAAAGCCACAAGUGCAGAGUCCAACAAAGUCAGAAUUGACUUUCAGGAAACAGGCCCAUCCUUCUCCAUCGCCAUCCACUCAGAUGACACUAAUGUCUAUCCAUCAACAACAACCAAGAUUAAAUGUUCGCUAGAUGUUUCUUCAUCCUCAUCAAAGACAGGCGACCUGGCAUAUGAAGUUCUUUGGUUUUUCACAAGGCUGCGUGGUGGACAGACCACAGCUCAGUUGGCAAGUGUCGACCGCUUUGGCAUUGUGAAGACAGAGAUGCGCAACUCAUCUAUUGGCACUCAGGACGGUGAUAGCGGUGAGUACUUCUGCACGGCCACUCCUUGGUACCUGUCGGCAUCUACAGGAGCAUGGACUCAGGCUGAAGUGCUGACAUCGUCCAGAGUCUUCCUCACUGUCCAGUUCGCUGUUUGGAACUCACUGAAGUUACCCCUACUGUAUGGUGCAGCUGCCUCCUUAGGUGUGGGCCUCUUCUCUUUGAUCCUGGGGUUGGUCUGCGCCCAGUGCUGUUGUCGCAACAUUGCACACACCCCGCGCUCACGUAAUAAACUAAUGGACCUAGAGAUGGACUGACAACGACUUCAGCCCAUGCCCACACACUGCAGCAACCAGAAAAGGCACAAUGCACACCACAGACACACUGCCAUGGACGGUUUCUGGGACACACAGCUGUUUCCACGCAAUGAACAAUGGAAGUAAAACAUGGCGCUUUGGAAACCAGUGUCUGUUCAAGGUGCUCAGGAUACGAUCUGCUGUGGAGGAGUAUGGGACUGUACAUACAUAUAUAUAUCUUUAUAUAUAUAUAUAUGUAUUUAUAUAUUUUUUUCAAUAAUAUCUGUGGUACAGUGAGUAGUUUUACCAAAUUGAUUAGCGCCCUGUAACGACCAGAGCUCUACAGCGAUCUGAUCUUUUUUUUUUUUUAACUGCCACAUGGGAAUAACAGGCCAUGCCAGAAACCUGGUGCCUUUGCACAUGAUGUGGCCAUGUCUAGAACGGCCAUGUUGCUUGUGGUAACUGGAUCUCCAACCAAGUUACUCUUUUUAGACGCUGUAUUUCUAUGGGGACAAAUCUGUCCAGGUGGAACCUGAUGCUAGUUCAGACAACAAAGACAACACAGGCCUUGUUUCUUUCAUGUCAUGUUUUUAUUAUCACAACAGGGCGGCACUAACACUCUGUCAGGGCAGAGAGUCACCACCCCAAAGGUCUGUCCCUCAAACAAAGGGAAAAGCGUGUGUUCUUGGUUCAGUUUGACCUCAGUUACCACUCGAGCCAACAGUCAAGACAGUUGACAAGAGAGCGUCAGCUUACAUCAAAAUCACACAGAUUCCUCCUCCUGCCUGUGUCCUGACACAGUACACUUUUGUUUUGUUACCAUUUCCACUAUCAUUCAGUCUCUCUUAAUCUAAUCUUAAAUUAUUAACUGCCAAUAAACCAAAAUGGUAUCUUGGAUUUCUGGUGGCAACUGACUUAAUCAUAUUGAAUAAAAGAGGCGGGGCUUUGGAGCCCCAUGCUGGUCGGUGAUCAUCUACAUCUGCAGCUGGUUUUUUUUUUUGCUUGUUUUAUGAUCUUAUGUAAUGUGUCAAAUCUAAGGUUUUUAGUUAAGUUGUGUGUUCAGAUAAAAAGGGAAACAGUUGAAACCAACUGAAAGAGAAACCACUUUUUUAAGGCACGACGUCGUGGAAACGCCAAGAUAACUUACUCCUCGUGCCCAGUGUCUACACACUAAUGAGGGUUAUCUCACAAUUCGAGUGACUACAGAUCAACCUUUUUUUUUAAAAUUGUAUUAGAGGUUUCAGUCAGAAAAAGCCCUCAGUAAAUGCGAUGUUCACGUUAAAGCAUUUUUACAUUGUUGAAAUAUACAUAGAAAUGUUUGCAUGUAGUGUCAUUGAUAUUUGUGACAAACUUCAACUCACCAAAAGAGGUCCACAUUUACCCCGAUGCUGUUUUCAAAAUGAGUUUUAUAUCUAACACAGUGAUAACCCAGAGCCUGAAAACAUCACUGAACACCUUUUUAGAGGCGUUUUAUUAUGAGUUUGACAAAUGAUGUUCUUAAAUAAAAACAUUUGUAAAGUU